AUGGGUACUCUUUUCCCCACUUCAGAACGAUGUGCCGCUGUCAAAUUAAUUCCUGGAACCAAAGUUGUAAAUAUUAAUCAAUCCUUCCACUCUGCCAUCUCUCCUUCCAACAAACCUCUUCAAACUAGAGACAAACCUCUUCCUCCUAUUCCCAAAGGUUUAAAUGGAGCACUUGAUCGUAUUUCACAUCGCAGGCGGGACUCAAUUGCCCUUCCAAGAGUAAUGGGAAGUUUCAACCGUGGAAUGGAACGAGUUCGUCGACAUUCGUUGGUUGCUAGUGAACUCGACCACACAAAACUCAUCUUACCAGCAACCACCAACACCAUGAAUUCGCCACUGCUCACUUCCUCUGAGGUUAAGCCUGAAAUAUCUAUUGAGGUGAAUGACGUGGAUAGCAAGGAAGACUAUUCCAAAGAAGAAGAAGCAGAAAUUGGAAUCGCGAUAAAGAUGACAAUCGUGUCUGUUCGAGCCCGGCUUAUUUAUAUAGGAUGCAAGGGAUUGGAUUCUUGA